AUGGCUCUGCCACGCCCCCUGACGAGGGUCCGCAUAGUCUUGUUAGCAGUAGCGCUCACCUUCUUCUCCAUAUGGUCGUACUCGCGCUAUCCAAGCUCCUCGUCCAGCCUGCCGAAGGCCCCUUUUGCAAACACCAAUGGCCACACACAAAAGCAAGUAUUAACAGGCCAUAUUCAAGCUUGGAGCCAACUCCAGCCGGUCUUACUUACAUCAAUGCCAAAAUGCGAUUCACCCGUUAGAUUAGGGACUGCUCCAUCAAUCAGGGUUGAAGAGUCUGAUCCAGACAACCGACCGGAGAUGCUGGACAUGCUACCGGAAGAGGUCGAUGAGAUGAAGAACGCGCACAUGAAAUUUCUUGAUGCCGUAAAUAUGAAUGUGGUUCGCUUACACUACGUCCCCAACACGAGAGGGAUUAUCUCUACGGCGGGAGGGUCCUACCUUCCGGUACUAGUCAUUUCACUCCGGAUGCUCAGGCGAACGGGGUCAGAGCUUCCGGUCGAAGUUUUCCUGGCCAACGACGAAGAAUACGAAUCGUUCGUUUGUGAUGUGGUGCUUCCCUCUCUGAAUGCGCAAUGCGUUGUGCUUUCACACAUAUUCGACGCCGCACCUAAGGUCAUGGAGAUCGAAAAGUACCAGCUCAAGCUCUUCGCCAUGCUCUUUUCUUCCUUCGAGGAAUUUUUAUUUCUGGACGCCGACGCAUUUCCGCUCCUCAAGCCGGAAUCCCUGUUCACAAACGAGCCAUUCAAGUCAAGGGGUAUGGUGACAUGGCCUGAUUUCUGGGCCUCCACUGUCUCGUCAUAUUACUACGAAAUCGCAUCCCAGCCAGCCCCAAAACCAGGAACUAGUCCCCGUCAAUCCACCGAGUCUGGUGAGAUCCUCAUCUCCAAGAAAACCCAUACCAAAACCCUCCUCCUCAGCGCCUACUACAACCUCUGGGGCCCCAAAUACUACUACCCGCUUCUUUCCCAAGGCGCAGCUGGCGAAGGUGACAAAGAAACCUUUGUCGCAGCCGCUAUAGCCGUUGGCGAGCCCUACUAUCAUGUCACUGAGGGCAUUGUAGCAAUGGGCCACAGUAGCGCAGGGGGUCUUGCAGGCUCCGCGAUGGUUCAGUUCGAUCCAGCUGAAGACUACGCCCUCCACAAGGAGCAGAACUCGUUAGCCGAUCUUGCAGCUGCCAAAAGCUCGGGAACCGAAACACCCCGCCCCUUCUUCAUCCACGCCAACUUCCCUAAGUUUGACCCGGCAACUGUUUUCGAGCCUCACGAGGUCAACCCCGCCUUUGCCGAUGACGGUAGCUACACGCGCGCCUGGACAAUUCCGGAAAAUGUCAUUGAGAAUUUUGGUGCGGAUGUGGAGAAACGCUACUGGAGUGAAAUUCUGUGGACGGCUUGUGAGCUUGAGGGAAAGUUUCGGUCUUGGAGUGGGAAGAAGGGGAUCUGUAGUGGAGUGAGAGCGUACUGGAACGCCGUUUUCGCGGCAACCCGAGCGGAUACACAAGCUCAUGCGGGCAUGAGCCUCGGGCUUAUCUGA